AACAUUCGGUUGAGAAAGCUAAGCUUCUAGAAUCAGUCCCUAUAAAAAGCUCGUGAGAGAAGCUAAAAAACUUGCAUGUUUCAACAUCAUGGCAGUGAUAGAAGAAAAAGGCCCUGCAAAUGGGAACCAAGAUUACACUCAAGAUGGGACAGUGGACCUUAAAGGUAGACCCGUUUUGAGAUCAAAAACGGGAAAAUGGAAAGCAUGUUCCUUCAUAGUAGGGUAUGAAGUGUUUGAGAGGAUGGCUUUCUACGGGAUACAAUCAAACCUAGUGCUGUAUCUAACAAGGAAGCUCCAUGAGGGCACUGUGACAGCUUCAAACAACGUUAGCAACUGGGUUGGUGCAGUGUGGAUGAUGCCACUGGCAGGAGCUUUCAUAGCUGAUGCCUAUCUUGGACGAUAUUGGACCUUUGUAAUUUCAUCAGGCAUCUAUGUUCUGGGAAUGGCUCUGUUGACUCUAGCAGUUUCAUUACAAGCCCUGAGACCUCCACCAUGUGUUGAUGAUCACAAUUGCCCGCAUGCAUCGUCACUGCAAUAUGGUAUUUUCUUCUUAGGCCUUUACAUCAUUGCAGCAGGCACAGGGGGAACCAAACCCAACAUUUCCACCAUGGGAGCGGAUCAAUUUGAUGAUUUUGAGCCCAAAGAGAGAUCACAUAAGCUUUCCUUCUUCAAUUGGUGGUUUUUUAGCAUUUUCUUUGGUACCCUUUUCGCCAACACCUUUUUGAUCUACAUACAAGACUAUGUGGGUUGGACCAUUGGAUAUGGCCUUCCCACCCUUGGCCUUGCUUUUUCAGUAUUGGUGUUUCUGGUAGGAACACCUUAUUAUAGGCACAAAUUGCCCUCAGGUAGCCCUAUAACAAGGAUGCUUCAGGUCUUUGUUGCUGCUACAAGGAAGUGGAAGCUACAUGUCUCAGAUGAUCCAAAAGAGCUACAUGAGCUGAGCAUUGAAGAGUAUGCAAGUAAUGGAAGAAACAGAAUUGAUAAGAGCUCUUCAUUCAGUUUUCUUGACAAAGCUGCUGUAAAGACAGGUCAAACAUCACCAUGGAUGCUUUGUACAGUGACUCAAGUAGAGGAAACCAAGCAAAUGACAAAACUGAUUCCCAUCAUGCUUACAACCAUUGUUCCAAGCACCUUGAUAGUUCAAACAAGCACACUCUUUGUCAAACAAGGUGCCACCCUAGACAGAAGCAUGGGACCUCAUUUUAAAAUUCCCCCAGCAUGCCUUACAGCAUUUGUAACCCUCUCCAUGCUCAUAACCAUUGUCAUGUAUGACCGUCUUUUUGUUCCCGCAAUUCGGCGCUACACAAAGAACCCAAGAGGAAUCACAAUGCUGCAGAGACUUGGCAUUGGACUCGUGCUACAUGUCACCAUAAUGGUCACUGCAUGUUUUGCUGAAAGAAAGAGACUGAGUGUUGCAAGAGAGAAGGACCUUUUAGAGCAGAAAGAUGCAAUUCCCCUAACUAUUUUCAUCCUCCUCCCUCAGUAUGCUUUGGCAGGGGUUGCGGAUAACUUUGUGGAAGUUGCCAAGAUGGAGUUAUUCUAUGAUCAAGCACCAGAAGGAAUGAAAAGUCUUGGAACAUCAUAUUUCACAACCACUUUAGGUAUUGCAAGUUUUCUCAGCACUUUUCUUCUGUCAACUGUUGCGGAUAUCACCAAGAGAAAUGGUCACAAGGGUUGGGUUUUGGAUAAUCUAAACGUCUCUCACUUGGAUUAUUAUUAUGCUUUCAUGGCCAUACUAAGCUUUCUCAACUUCCUCUGCUUUUUGGUUGCUGCCAAGUUCUUUGUGUAUAAUGUUGAUGUAACACAAAACAGAUUGGGUUUGGAGGUUAACCCCCCUUCGUCACAGCCACAGGACAAGACUGGAAUAAGCCCAAGCACCCCACAAGCAGAUGCCAAAUCUUAGGGAAAACACCACCUCUUCUCCUCCUAUUAGUCAUUUCAAAGUUAAUAAGAUUAUCUACCAUUCCUAUGUUCAUCUCAGAAUAAUACUUAAAAUUAUUGCAAACAUGUAAAUCAGCGUGAU